UCUUCCCUUCCCCUAAGAUUUCCCUUAGUUUCUCUUUUCUUUAAACCUCCCUGCAGCUUAAUAAAAUUACAUCAAUCAACUCAUUGGAAGAAUAUUCAUGAAGGAAGGUGGUAGAAAACAUGGCGCAAUGUCGCCAUGUGCCGCGUGCAAGCUUCUCCGGAGGAGAUGUGCUCAGGACUGCCUCUUUGCUCCUUACUUUCCUGCGGAUGAACCCCACAAAUUUGCAAGCGUUCACAAGGUUUUUGGUGCCAGCAAUGUCAAUAAAAUGUUACAGGAACUGCCAGAGGAGCAAAGGAGCGACGCGGUGAGUUCAAUGGUAUAUGAAGCAAAUGCGAGGAUGAGGGACCCAGUGUAUGGAUGUGUGGGGGCCAUAUCGUGUCUUCAGCAACAGGUCGAUGUGCUUCAAACACAACUUGCUCUUGCUCAGGCUGAGCUUGUUCACAUCAGAAAUCACAACCAACCUUCUUCUUCCUCCUCAACCCAACCCCAGUCUUCUUCCCAUGACGCCAAGUCCUCUCUUUUUGCCGUCGACAAUGUCACCGAGUCCUUGUGGUCUUGCUAAUGAAAGACACAAACAGAGAUGGAAUUAAGUGAUGUUUCACCAUUCUCUUUAUCUCUCUCUCUCUCUCAUAUCACUGGACCAUGCAUGCGGUGGCUAGCUAGAUUGAGCGAUUAUUUGGCUGAUUACUAUAGCUAGAUUAGUUAAGCAGCAAUAAGGAGAAUUAGAUGUAUAUGGGGCAUGCUUUGUUUCAUUAUUAUUGUAAUUAUUACUAUCACGCCUUUGCUUUCAACUGUUUGCCUCCUUGUAGUUAUUUCUACACCUUCUGCUUUACUCUGUAUUUGCAUCCCUCUCUUUUAUUCCGCUGACUGAUCUAUUUGCAUAACCCUGGAUGAUCGUGAUUAAUUAUUAACCUCAAUGUAAAUUAUCAAACUUGUAA